AGCGUCCAGCACCAGGAGGGAGUGAGUCACCUGAGAGAGUCUGAAGAGGCUGAGCUCAGUGGGCCUGCUGAACACGGCGGCCAUUUUACAGUAGGUGUCCGGUGCCUGUUCCCUUAAAAACAGCCACUCAAAGUCCUACGAGAGAUUGACCUCCUCCAGCUGACCAGAGAGACGAGUUGGGGUCACACAAUUUCUCCCUCUCCAUGUCUCAUAAGGAUUUUGUGAUUACUUGUUUUUCAAUGAAUUACCAAAAUCAGCAUUCAGCAUGAAAAGCUGGAGCAAGGGCCAGGAGUCUGACAGCGCGGCUGGGUCCUCCUCUAGCAAGAGGAACUCCAUCAGUGAUGUACCAGUGCCUGUGUGGGUUACUCACACACACUCAGCAGAUAAUAGCACAUAUGAUGUUGAUGGAAACUCCACAGGCCAAACAUCCAGCACUCCACCAUUUGCAGAAAGGGAGGAGGAUGACAAAAAAGGGAGCAUGAAGGAAAAGCUGAAAUCCCUCAUCCCUCAGUCGUGGGGGGGCAUCAUCCAUAGAUGGACAAGAGAAAGUGACUCUGAAGCCAGCACCACGAGGAUCCAGAUCCUUCCCAAUGGGACCAGGGUGAGUCCUCCCGUGAGUCCACUGCUUGAGCGCAGGAACUGGGCAGAAUCACUGGGCAAUUCCAGCCAGAACUCCCAUAAGCCCUUGCUGAGGGAGAGCCCCACUGAUGAGUUGCUUCACGAAGGCCCUAGAGAGGACUCCCUGCUCACCAGCAUCCAUCCUGCCGAGUAUUACGCAGAGAAGCUGGAGGUCUAUAACCAGAAGUACUCCUACUUGAAAUCCUGGCCAGGCCUGCUCAGGCUUCUUGCUGGACUUGAGCUACUGUUUGGGGGCAUGGUCAUUGCCUGUGUCAUCGCCUACAUCCAGAAAGACAGCGAGUGGUCCAACUCCUAUGGACUCUAUAAUGGUGCAUAUAACAAUGGGCUUGGCAUGUCUGGAUACAGCUACAGAGGCCCCAUGACUCCCUUCGUCCUGGCCGUAGCUGGCGUCACCUGGAUCCUUACCUUCGGUCUUUUGGUGAUGGGGAUGACCAUGUAUUAUCGCACCAUCCUCCUCGACGCUCCCUGGUGGCCUCUGACGGAGGCCUUCAUCAACGUGGUGCUUUUCUUGCUCUACAUGGCAGCAGGGAUUGUCUACCUGAAUGACUUGAACCGCGGGGGGCUGUGCAACAUGACAAUAGGCGUGAACCCCAUCAUGGCCAAUCUGUGCCGGGUUGAUGGGGGCCAGAUGGCGGGAACAGCGUUCCUCUUCAUCAACAUGACACUGUAUCUGGGAAGCUUCCUGGUAUGUCUGAAGAUGUGGAGACAUGAGGCUGCACGUAGGCACACGGAGUCCAUUGAGAACAAGGAGUUUCAGCGGCCCAUCCCAUUGGUCCCUCCGAAAACGAAGCGGAUAUCAUUCAAGGACGAGAUGGAUAAAUCUCUGCGUAAAGAUCAUAUCAGUCCACAUGCACUCGCUCCCGAGGUCCACAAGAACCCAGGCAGUCUGCAGAGAGACACCGCGUCUGAAUACACCCCCAAAGCAUACAUUGUCGCAGACUACAUCAUGAAGUAUCCGGAGAUCAGCUGUGUGGAAGAGCGCGAGAAGUACAAAGCUGUUUUCAAUGACCAGUAUCAGGAAUACAAAGACCUUCACAGAGACAUCAGCACCACCUUCAACAAGUUCAGAGAGCUGGAUGCCAUGAUGGCACGACUCCUCCGGGACGGAAAAAGCCAGGAGGAGCGACAGAGGAUUCAAAGAAUUUUGAAGACGUAUCAGCAGAAGAAAAGUGACCCGGCCUUCCUGGAGAAAAAGCAACGCUGUGACUAUCUGAAGGCCAAACUAAGCCACAUCAAAAACCGGAUCUGCACUUUUGACCAGCAGAUCAUGGCAAAUGAUGAAACUGUAGUCACAUCCACUAUGUAUGACAGCCCUCCUGUGUACGGCCCACCCUACAGCACCACCUCCCAAAGCUUCUACCCCCCGAGGAGCGUCCAUCCCCCUCAGAGCCAGUAUGUCCCCUGCACCUACCAUCUCCCUCCAGACUCCCACUACAUGGAAGGGAAUCCUCAACACUUCCACCGCUGGUUUUCUCCGCCUGGUUUUGUCAAAACCUUUGAGGGAGCCACGGUGCUCAUGUGUUUCCUCAUCUUCGCCUGCGUGGCUUCAACCUUGGUGUGGGAUAUGAAUGGAUUCGGGUAUGGGGGUUACGGUGUUGGGGCUACAGGGGGUGUCGCGGGGACAGGGUCAGGAUAUUAUGGAGGCAGCUACGGCUACGGCGGCUCCUACAUGACCCCACAGUCGGCCAAGUCAGCGAUGAUUUCCAUGGCAGCCAUCAACUUCCUGGUUUCACUGGGCUUCCUGGUGGCGAGUUUCUCGCGGUCCCGGAUGAUGAGGGGAUGCAGGUUUUACCUGACUGUGUUCAUAUGUGAUAUCAUCCUAGCUGUCCUCCAGGGCAUCAUCGACAUCAUCUUUGUGAUUGGAGUGAACCCAAUGUCUCAGAGCUCACAGAGCAUGCUGUACAACCCCAUGCUGAUGAUGUGCCAGAACAUCCAGGGCAGCCCAAGCCUCAGCGGCAGCGUGGGAGCGGGUUUUCCAGGGGGGUUCCCCAUGUACAAUCAAUACCUGCAUCACUACUGCUACAUGGACCCCGAAGAGGCGGUAGCAUUAGUGUUGGGUCUGAUGGUGGUGUUGGCUCUGUCGCUGUCUGCUUACUUCGCCUACAAGACCCGCAGCAAGAUCUGGCGCCACGGCAAAGCCAACAUCCACUGGGACAGUCCACUGGUCAGACCAUCGGAGGGGCAAGACGUUCAGGACUGGGUGAACCAUGUUGGGGAGGUGCGCAGCACACAGCAGGCACCGACUGUUGUCGUGUCGGAGAGAGCCGCACCUGACCUGCGGGCGGUGAACAGUGCGGUCUCCUACGGCAACGCGACUGUCAGCAUCCACAGCGAGGGAAAUUACAAAAGCAACAGUUCCCCGGCUGACAACAGUAAUCGUGAGGGCGCGGAGCCUCUGUACCAGAACAGCAGGGUCACCGUUUACUCCAGCAGCUCCUCGGACGAGACCGACGGCGUCCGAAAGCCACCUCCCCAUCACGUGAAGAGGAAAGAGAGGACGGAUCGGGAGCGUCGGCCUGCUGCUCAGGAGAUGUUGGAGUCUCAGUAUGAAACUGGGUACACCACCGGAGACACUGGCAAUGAACUGGACCGGGACCAGACAGAUUACCUAUACAGGCUGUACCCAGAGAUAUCUUCAGACGAGCAGCGGCAGCAGUACAAGCGGGAGUUUGACUCUGAUCUGGCUCGCUACAAGAGCCUCUGUGCCGACAUGGACGACAUCAGCGACCAGAUGCACAAGCUGAACCGAGAACUGGACAUGUUGGACGAAGGCUCCACGAAGUACAAGGGUGUGGCAGGGGAGUAUAACCGGCUGAAAGACUAUAAAAGGACACCAGACCAUCAAGCCAAGAAGAAGCAGAGCAAACAACUUCGGCAAAAGCUUUUCCACAUCAAGCGUCUGGUAAAAAUCUAUGACCAAGGUCUUUGUUAGUGUGUCUCAAUAACAUGUCCGCACCACUGAGGACGAACACUGACAGGGCUAAAGAAACAAGGACUCGUCCCCCGUCUUCAUUCAGUUUUACUGUCUGGAUUGCAGCAGUUCAGCUCAGUCAGACAUGUUUGACACCAAUAUUUACAACUCUUUAAUCCCUUUAUUACAAUGUGAAGCUUACGACAGACUUUGCUCGUUCUUCUUGACAACUGACACCGAUCACGUUUGAAUUCGUCGAACAUUGUGUAACAUUUUCCUUUGUUACUUCUCAUUUCGUGUUCACACUUAAGACACAGCAAGAAGCCCUCCACCUGUCGCCAUUACAGCGACAGCAUCCCCAUUUAACUUAAAUAGAGAAUGUCUAACGAAUGUCUGUUUUUGUAUAGAUAUGUCGUGAAUGAAGAUUAAGAGGAGACGAUAAUGUAAAUAUUAUAACGAUUAAAACACUGAAUAUGAAUACGCGCCUACA